CGGACAUCCUUCCUUCGCCUACGCCCUCAGAAACAUACACCCCAUCUCCCCCCUUCAUCCUCAUCAAAGCGUGAGUAUCGCCACGACUCAUGUACACGGAAGCCACCCAUUCGUCAUGCUGGACAGAGCCGAUUACAGCGGCAAGAAAACGAUCUCGGAAAGGUCGAAAGACGAUUCAAUUGCUAGUCUCGCCGGGGGCAGGCUAGGUCACUCGAGCCUGACCUGCACUCUAUGAGGGCAACGCAGAUGGAGACAUAGAGAAUGGAAGAAUAGAAAGAGCGAAAAGAGGCAUUGGGAGAUGGUGAUCUUAGUCACGGGGGGGGAAUCUCGAAUGGGGGCUAGACGUUUGAGGCGGCAGUAGAGGCCUCUAAAUGGGUGAAGUACACACAUCCUGACCUUACAUACCUCACCUCACUUCGCUUCCUCACAGCCAUCAUGAAGUUGAACUUCGCCAACCCCGCCACUGGCGCUCAGAAGGCAUUCUCCAUCGACGAUGACCUCAAGACCCGAGUCUUCUGGGAGAAGCGAAUGGGUCAGGAUGUUGCCAUUGACCAGCUCGGUGACGAGUUCAAGGGUUACGUCGUCCGAAUUGGUGGUGGAAACGACAAGCAGGGUUUCCCCAUGAAGCAGGGUGUCCUGCUCCCCACUCGUGUUCGCCUGCUCCUCGGUGAGGGCCACUCGUGCUACCGCCAGCGCCGCACUGGAGAGCGACGAAGGAAGUCCGUCCGUGGAUGCAUCGUUGGAGCCGACAUUCAGGCUCUUCAUCUCAUCGUCGUCAAGCAGGGAGAGAAGGAGAUCCCCGGCCUCACCGACGCUGACUCGACUGUGCCUAAGCGAUUGGGCCCUAAGCGAGCUAACCACAUCCGCAAGUUCUUCAACCUGACCAAGAAGGACGACGUUCGUCAGUUCGUCAUUCGCCGUGAGGUCACCUCCAAGAAGGAGGGAGCCAAGCCUUACACCAAGGCCCCCAAGAUCCAGCGUCUGAUCACUGCCCAGCGUCUGCAACGCAAGAGGCACCUGCAGUCUCUCAAGAAGAGGAAGACCGAGGCACAGCGGGAGCAGAAGGCCGAGUACGACCAGGUGCUGGCCAAGCGUACCGAGGAGAAGAAGGCUCGUUCGUCAGCUGCCCGCACUGCACGAAAGGCCGCCCGCAAGGCCUAGAUGUUGGUAUGAGACUAUGGAUGGCGGUUGGUCGGUUGGACUGCUUUUCCAUCUCCUAUGCCUAUCACUCUAGCCUCAUAGACGUACUGCGAGGAGCUCACGCCAUCUCCCUCAGGACGUCAUUGCAUCUUUCACGGCUGGUGUCUUUGGUUUUCCCCUUUGUAACAAUCUUUCUCUCACACACUUUCUUCAUCAGCCGUGACCAAAAUCUACAGCACUGAACCAAA